AACAUACACAGGCAGGGUCAGAGGUAAACUGCGUUGGGAUAAAAAGGGAACAGAAGAAUGACAUAAAAAGCAGACCAAACCAAAACUGAGAAUAGCAGAAGAAACACAGCAGAAAGACACUAGAGAUUUUUGGCUGCAAGAAUGUGGAACGACACGGAUCUUCUGAGAAAUGAUUCGUUCUCUUGUGCCUCCCCAUCUGUGGAGGGCUACCGUUAUUUUGGUGUCCUGUUGGGAUCAGCGGUCACCAUAGUGGGCACGAUUGGAAAUAUUCUGACAGUGCUAGCCUUUGCUUCUGACACCAACCUGAGGACACGUUUCAACGUUCUUAUUGUAAACCUAGCCUUUGCCGACAUCCUCUACUGCACUAUGCUUCAGCCAGUCAGCGUGGACUCAUACCUGCACCUGCAAUGGAGGGGCGGAGCCACGUGGUGCCGGAUGUUUGGACUCCUUCUGUUCCUAUCAAAUAGCGUGUCAAUUAUUACAUUAUGUCUCAUCGCUAUGAGUCGCUACCUGGUUGUUGCUCAUCGCACAUCACGCUGCGCCCGUCUGUUACUGUCUCAGCGUGGUGUGGCUGCGCUCGUUGUCUCAUCCUGGGUACUGGGUCUGGCCAGUUUCAGUCCACUUUGGCCAGUCUACGUGUUUGCACCGCAGGUCUGCACUUGCAGUUUCCACCGCACUAAGGGACGACCUUACACCACCGUGCUGCUUUUCCUCUAUUUCAUUUUGGGCUUGGGCUUCGUGGGGCUUUUCUACUUUCUGAUCUACCGCAAGGUGCGAGUAGCUUCUAAGGCGUUUCUUAAGUACAGGCCAAGUCAACGAUCAUCAAAACGUAAGCCUGCAGAAGCUGAGGGUACCACAGAUGAUAGUGGGAUCAGCGCGGGCACCUCAACAACUCAAAGCUGUGAGAUAAGCAAUGAUGCGGUGGGAACAGCACAGCACAAGACCAAAGCACUUGAAGGCAAUUCUGAGGUUCCUGAGGUCAGCAAAACCACACAAGAGUCGCCAAACGUCUCAAAUGUGGUGAAGGUAUCUUCGAAGCCAUCUCCGGUACAAAUUCAGACAACCCCUGCGUCUACAACAGGAGAGGACAGUGAAUUCAAACGUGUGACUCGAAUGUGUUUCACAGUCUUCUUGUGCUUUGUUGGCUGUUUUGUGCCAUUUCUGUUAUUGAAUGUGGCUGAUAAGGCAAACCGUGCACCACAGGUGAUUCACAUGUUCUGCGCAAACCUUACCUGGUUAAACAGUUGCAUUAACCCCUUGUUGUACGCAGCCAUGAACCGGCAGUUCAAUCAGGCUUAUAAAGACCUACUACAGAAAGCCGUACAACCACUGACCAAGAUUUGGAGAUCUCAACGAUUCACAACAGGAUUCAGAUGAUGGGUGAAAAAUGGGCAAAAAGUGAUUUCAAACUACUGAACUAUGGAACUGUGAACCACGGCAAGCAAUUUUUUAAGGCUUUCAAUUUCUUUCCGUUUACAAAAUUAAUAUAUACAGUAUAUAAGAUGUAUGAAGAUGGUGACUUUUCAUUCAUUGUGUGGUCAAGAUCACAGUUCAUUUCCGUUAAUAUCUGACAGAUGCAGGUUUUAUAUGAUAAGCACAGCCAAAGUAUCUAGAAGUAACUUAAAUCAUAUUUACAAGCUUAUUAUUUGUCAUGUACACAUGUAUUGUAUAUUCUCUGGGAUAUUGUCUCUAUUCACAUUGACAAAUAGUAUAGGUUUGCUUUUGUAGAAGUACUUCUAUAUCAUCCUUCUGAAACCUUGGGUCCAAAUUUGUUGUUUUUCAGGAAAUAGAAACAACACUGUAAUUUUUAAAUGAUUACAUACUGUGUUGUCAAAGUUGACAAGCACUUUUAAAUUCUUUUUAUUGGUUAGACAUUUGCAAACACCAGUGACAAACAUAAAGGGUGAUUAAUAAUAAUGAUUUAUUGCAACAACAAAAAAUAUCACGAAAUAUGGAGAUACAGGUUUUUUUUUAAUUAGACAGAGAGUACAGUAUCAAGCCUUGUAAGAAUGUUCUGUAAAAAGAAUGUAAAGAAUAUCCGCUGGAUUAAAUCUCUACAUUGGAUUUGUACAUAUUUGAACCUAUCACAGGGUUGAAGCAAUCCUAUGUUUUUAGUGUAAGCAUUUCUUUCCAGCUUUACCAAAGAUGUGAAGGGCUUUAUACUGCACAUACACAAAAACUUUCUCUUUGAAUCAGUUCCUCUUUGCAUUGAUUACAAGGCAGAGGAAAUAUUGUGUGCAAUAACCGGAAUGAAUCAUAAUGACAUUGUGACAAACAUAUUUGUAACAUACAAAUGAACAUGGAAGUUUAAAAUGGUGCUGAUGUGCAUAACAGCUUCAUUACCUCACACAUAAAACCUCCAAUACAGUUUUAUACCUGCUUUACCUUUUCUGAUUGCAUUUGCCUACUGUUUUGUACUGGGCCCAUAAAGCCCUUUUUUGUCUCAAAUAUUAUGUGCACAAAUGAUAGUGAAUGUCAAUCUGUACUUUGUGAAUGGCUGAAUAAAUGUUUUGCCAAAUUGCCAACAUUUUCUUACGUCAAAAUCUCAAAAUUACAAGCAAUAAUUUGUGUAGCAUGAUUAACUGUUAAUGAUUUAACUUAAAAUAAGUGAACUUAAACACAAUAUGGCAUUAGCUAUAAUGCUUGGCUUGUGUUUGACAGCUAUGUUCUUCUGUAAAAUAUGAAAUAGCAGCUUCAUCCGGUUUCCAUAUUGUGCUUGACACACACAGACACACAACUGAAAAUGUGCAGUGCUGCCAGUAAACCAAGCAUUUCACAAGUCUAGAUGUGUUAAUGACUGCGUAACCGGUAC